UAUUGUGGAGUCUCGAGGCGAGCGAAGAGCGCCUUCCAGUUUACUUUUUAUGCAUGAACCACACGUGGCCUUGUCCCAUCACCCAUCUCAAUUCCGCUCUUUUAUUCUCUUUCUUCUUCUCUCGUUCUUUUUUGUUGUCUGGCUAUCUCAAGCAAGGUACCAACAAACCCAUAAUUGUAAGAUGAUAAGUUUACUAGUGGUACUAUACUAGACUGUGUUGGAUAUUUAGAGCCCCAGCAAAUUCACACUCGAAAACACUAGAAAACGGUUGCCUCCAGCACACUUCUUCAGCCGCCGAAGCCGUCCAAUCACUCUCUUCUCCUCCGCCGAUUCCCGUGCGAUAUGACAUGAAUGCGACGCCGGGGGUGAUGAUGAUGCAAGCAAAGCACUCAUAUUUCGCUUCCUCUUCAGCAGUAGCACCGUUCUCAAGUCUCAACACAGAUUAGAAGAAGUUUCUGCUGAUAAUAGGACCAGAUAUGGAAGUGCCGGCAACAUCAAGCGGUAAUGAAACCAUAAAAUCAGGAAUUCCAGCGGAAGUACCUGCGGUUGCGCAGCCGCUGGCCGGAGAGGCUACGGAGAUUGCGUCCAAUAUCAUCUAUCAUGCUCAAUACAGUCCUCAUUUCUCCCCUUUCAAGUUCGAGCCAGAGCAAGCUUUCUAUGCCACUGCUGAUAGUGUUCGUGAUCGGUUGAUCAAGCAAUGGAAUGAUACGUACCUCCAUUAUCACAAAGUCAACCCAAAGCAAACAUACUAUUUGUCCAUGGAGUAUCUGCAAGGGCGAGCUUUGACUAACGCAAUUGGAAACCUUGAUAUCCAAGAUGCUUAUUCUGAUGCUUUGAAGAAAUUGGGUCAUGAACUAGAGGAAAUCGUUGAGCAGGAGAAAGAUGCAGCACUUGGAAAUGGUGGCUUAGGAAGACUUGCUUCGUGCUUUCUAGACUCAAUGGCGACAUUGAACUUGCCAGCUUGGGGUUAUGGUUUGAGGUACAGAUAUGGGCUUUUUAAGCAGCGGAUCAGCAAAGGAGGUCAGGAGGAAAUUGCCGAAGAUUGGUUGGAGAAAUUUAGUCCAUGGGAGAUUGUCAGGCAUGAUGUUGUAUUCCCCAUCAGAUUUUUUGGUCACGUUGAGGUCCUUCCUACUGGCUCCCGCAAAUGGGUUGGUGGAGAGGUCAUUCAAGCUGUUGCCUAUGAUGUACCAAUUCCAGGGUACAAGACCAAGAAUACUAACAGUCUUCGCCUUUGGGAAGCCAAAGCCUGUGCUGAGGACUUCAACUUGUUUCAGUUCAAUGAUGGGCAGUAUGAAUCUGCUGCACAGCUCCAUGCUAGGGCUCAACAGAUAUGUGCUGUUCUUUAUCCUGGGGAUGCUACAGAAAGUGGAAAAUUGUUAAGACUUAAGCAACAGUUUUUCCUUUGCAGUGCUUCACUUCAGGACAUCAUGUUCAGAUUUAGGGAGAGACAAGUGGGAAAGGGUGUACUCCAGUGGUCCGAAUUUCCCACAAAGGUUGCUGUGCAACUUAAUGACACACAUCCUACUCUUGCAAUUCCAGAGCUAAUGCGAUUACUAAUGGAUGAGGAAGGACUUGGAUGGGAUGAUGCUUGGGAUAUUACUACAAGGACAAUAGCCUAUACAAAUCAUACAGUCCUACCUGAGGCUCUGGAGAAAUGGUCACAGGCAGUCAUGUGGAAGCUCCUUCCCCGCCUUAUGGAAAUUAUUGAGGAAAUUGAUAAGAGGUUUAUUGCAACGGUGCAGUCAACAAGACCUGACCUUGAGACUAAACUUUCCAGCAUCCGAAUCUUGGACCACAACCCCCAAAAGCCAGUUGUACGAAUGGCUAACUUGUGUGUGGUGUCCUCCCAUAUGGUGAAUGGUGUUGCACAACUACACAGUGACAUCUUAAAAUCAGACUUAUUUGCUGAUUAUGUCUCUAUAUGGCCUACCAAAUUCCAAAACAAGACUAAUGGGAUUACUCCUCGCCGGUGGCUUCGGUUUUGUAGUCCUGAGCUUAGUCAAAUAAUAACCAAAUGGUUAAAAACUGAUAAAUGGGUGACUAACCUCGAUCUCCUCACCAAACUUCGGCAGUUUGUUGACAAUGAAGAACUGUAUGCUGAGUGGGAAUCAGCUAAGAUGGCCAACAAGCAACGUUUAGCGCAAUACAUAAUGCAAGUGACAAGUGUCAGCAUUGAUCCUAAUACCCUUUUUGACAUACAAGUUAAACGCAUUCAUGAAUACAAAAGACAGCUGCUAAACAUUUUGGGGACAGUCUAUAGGUACAAGAAAAUAAAGGAGAUGAGCCCUGAAGAACGGCAAAAGGUUACACCACGCACUGUCAUGAUUGGGGGAAAAGCAUUUGCAACAUACGCAAAUGCCAAAAGAAUUGUUAAGCUAGUAAAUGAUGUUGGUGCUGUUGUGAACAGCGAUCCUGAAGUCAAUAGUUAUUUGAAGGUGGUUUUUGUCCCCAAUUAUAACGUCUCUGUGGCAGAGAUGCUUAUCCCAGGAAGUGAAUUAUCUCAACACAUCAGUACAGCUGGCAUGGAAGCAAGUGGGACAAGCAACAUGAAAUUUGCACUGAAUGGAUGCCUCAUUAUAGGAACACUAGAUGGUGCUAAUGUGGAAAUCAGAGAGGAAAUUGGUGAAGAGAAUUUUUUCCUUUUUGGUGCAAGAGCAGAAGAAGUCCCUCGGUUGCGCAAAGAAAGAGAGAAUGGACUGUUCAAACCAGAUCCUCGCUUUGAAGAAGCAAAACAAUUUAUUAGGUCUGGAGCAUUUGGAAGCUAUGAUUACAACCCACUCCUCGAGUCAUUGGAGGGAAACUCAGGUUAUGGUCGUGGUGAUUAUUUCCUGGUUGGUUAUGAUUUUCCAAGCUACAUAGAUGCUCAGGCAAGAGUCGAUGAAGCUUAUAAGUAUGUAUACUUAAUCCUUUUGCAGUAUAUCUUACAUAAUUUCAUUUUAGAGCAGAUAUCUGCUUUAGUUUAUGCAUCAAGAAGGUUAACAACUUUUCUCAGCAUAGUAUGAUUCUGAGAUCUCUCAAUCAACAUAAAAAUUUAAUUGUAAUAGAGAAACAUAGAAGAAA